AUGAAUACAUAUAGUUUAAAUGAAGAAUUCGUUACUGAAUCUGUUAAAAAUAUGUCCAAAGAUGUUGAGGAAUACUUAACUAAUCGUGAAGACAGGAAUACACAUGAAGAUCAAAUAACCACCAAUUUACAGACUGAUCCACUUAUUUGUAAAACUGAGGAAAUUAUAGACAACAAAAAUUAUUUACAACCUGAAAACGAAAAAACUAAAGAAGAUGAAUCAUGUGGUUUUAAAGUGUUCAACAUUGUCCUGGAAGAGGAAAUUUCAUUUGAUGAAGAACACAGAAGAACUGAACAUAUUUAUUAUCUUCCCUUAGCAAUUGGAAGCGCAAAUACAUGUCCUGAAACAUUAGGCAAAGAAUUUAUCGCCUUAACUGAAUCUAAUCACCAAAGUGAUUCCGAUAAAAUUCUUCAUGAUUUAGGAAAAUCUUUGAUUUGUCGAGUUGAGAAGAUGACAGGUAAUGAAAGUAAACUCGAAGAUGAUGCUUGCAAGCCUUCCGAACAAGUGGAUGCAAGUACCGAAGAGAUUGAUUCCACCGCAAAUGUUUCAGAUGUUGCUACAACUGAUGUUGCUGUUUCUGACGCCACUAGUACAGCAACCAUAACCACCGCCAGUGAUAAUACCAAUACCACUACUGUCACUACAGCACCACUAAUAUUACUGGUCCCAAAUAUAGCUCAGCAAUUCAAUCAGAUAGCUAAACUUAACAAAAGUAGUCUACGUAGUAAGCGGACAGUCAGAACGACAUGCUCAAGGCUGCAUCCUCUUUCUGAUUCUAAACGCCAGGCUAGUUUCGAAGAUACCCAGUUUGCAGAACCAGCAUCCUGUUCUGAUGUGGAUAUUACGACGUUAUUGAUUUCAAGUACUACAGGACAAAAAAACAUUGAUUCUCAAAAAAGUCUGCAGAAGGACUUACUGAAAGAUACAUAUCACGCUCGUUUUCACAGUGAUGACAUUACAACAUUACAAGACUACUCAAUUAAACCUCAAGCUCAGUCCAACACUGAUCCAGAACAAAUACACAUAGAGAAUAGGGAUGCAGAUCAUUCCAACUCUUCUUCUGAUAAAGGAUAUGCUAAGAACAGAAAUAGUAAUGUAUUUCGUAGUAAAAGUGCAUUAAGUACUAUACCUCCUAACAGAAGGGAGCAACAUUCUAAAGUUGGCCAUCAGUCAGAACCUAGUUCACAGGGUACUAAUUCCGUUUACAGACAAUCGCCACUGUUAGCAAGUGAAAAUCUGUUACAUUCUCAAGGUCAAAGUAGUGGUCUUACUGCUUCAGAAGAAGGUUCUUCAAGUUCAUUACCAUCACUGGAUACUGGAGGUAGUAGUUCAACUGGAGGAGGAUGUAGCAGUGGUCAAACACAGGCAGAAGAAGAUCGAAAUACAAGAGAAAAGUUGAGUACAAACGACCGGGCGUCCUCACAUUCCCCAUCUGAAACAUCCAGACUUCCAGUUGAAAGUGAUAAACGCAUAUCACAUGUUACACAAGGAGCACGCUCUGAUGAUACAAACGAUUCUCAGAGUGAUAGUUUAUCGGCUUCGAUAGCUGACAAGAAAGCAUUAGUUUUGUCGAGAAGACGUCAUACAGUCAAAGAACUCAUUCAUGUUGAAAAGGAAUAUGUCAGCGCACUAACAACUCUUGUCAAUGUUUAUAUGAUACCACUGAACAAGAAAAAAUUCUUGAUGAUCAACAAAUUGAUACAAUUUCUUCAAAUUGGAGACAAGUUACUUGAUAUGUUUUCCAGAGAAGCAGUUGCAAUGUGCUACUGUACAUUUGUAGAUAAUUUUUCAAAUUCUGAAAAGACAUUGGAGACAUGCUGGAAUACAAAAUCAUCGUUUCAAAAGUUUUGUGAGCUGAAAUUACGGAUGAAUCGUAACAAACUUCCUCUUAAAGCACUUCUUGUACAACCUGUUCAACGGAUACCACGAUAUGAACUACUUGUCAAACGUUUAUUAGAAUCAACUCCAAAAGACUAUUCUGAUCAUGCAUUAUUAAUAGAAGCGGAAAGUGCUAUUCAUCGAUUAGCUCUUAGAGUGAAUGCAGUGCAUGCUGCUGGUGAAGAUGAGAAUAUCGUGGAUGGUAUUAAAUUGAUUGAAAAACUGUUAGCGCCAGCAACCCUUACGCCAACGCGUCAAUAUGUUCGUCAUGACAUAGUCUCUGUAGAGGAACGAAAAGAUCCCGUCUGCAUCUUCAUGUUUACAGAUCAAAUAAUUUUCACAGUCGCUAGACGCAGAGGAAGUCAAGUUAUCAAGAAACCAAUAUUUCUUCGACUACAAUCUAUUCGUGGAGUUGAUGCAAUUGAAAACAUCAAGUAUAAAAUUUAUGAUCGCCUAGGCAUUGAAGCCAUUGAACUUGAAUCACGUAUGGAAAUUGGAACUGAACCAACUGGACACCAUAAAGAAGUAAGAGAUAAAAAAGAUUUGGCAUUACUAGCAGAAAUUGAAAACAUUUCAGCCAGAUUGGAUUAUCGACAUUAUGAUCUGGAUGCUGUUGUGCGUCAAAUGUACAUGUCUAUCCAGAAGGAACUUGAAGAUUUACGUACUGCAAGAAAUACAGCUACACCGAUGCCUGGAAAUAUUUCCAUUUUUACAGCUACUAGCAAGGAGGGCAUUGAACGCUAUGAAUUGAUGUUCCCAAAUAAAGCAAAACGGAAAGAAUGGGAAAAAACAGUACUGGAAUUAAAAAGGCAGUUAAGUUCUAUCAAACGAAUGGCGAAAUUUAAUGAGGCCAUUCAGAUUCCACGCACACUACCAGGAAUACAGCUCUCCUGUGCAUCUGCGAUUGAAUCAUCUCCACUAAUAGCUGAAACACCAUGUGAUGUUUGGCUGUGUGCAUCAGACGGUUAUACUGGUUAUAUCUGCCUUUUCACAGCUCAUCCAAAACCGGAUAUUUAUUUCAAUAUUCCACUGUCUGGUUGUACUUCUCGAAUCACGUGUAUAUGUGCUAUUCCUGGAUUCAUCCAUCAUGGAAUGAGGCGAACAUCCUACAGUCUGGCUGCCCAAAAUAUCCGUUCAAGAUGUGGAGUAGAAAAGAAACGUUCUGGAACUACUGACCUCCCUCUUCUCGAAGUAGAUCAAGCAGCAGUUGAAGAAAACAGUCAGCUUUCAAAAUCAGAUGAAACAGCUAAGGUAAAGAUAGAAGAAAAUUCUCCUGAUGAUAAAACUCAUAAGCUUCCUGAUUCGGAAUUCGAUAAAACAACUAAGAUGAUUUCGGGGGACUUUUCCAAUAAGAUACCAGAAUCUACAACAGGUAAUGUGGUUGAAAGGAAGAGUAGCAUUUCACAAGAUGUAAGUUCUGGUUCGUAUUCAAAUACUCCACCUGAUACUCCAACCAACGCAGAAUCCACACUAAAACUGUCAGAUGGCGAUGAACCUAGAACAGGUGAUCUUCAAGUUUCCAAAAGUUCGAAUAGUCAUGCAGAAUCUAAUGCAUCUCAGAUGCAGAAGAGUGAAUCAGUCAUUCCGACAGAUAGUAAUCAAUGUAGCACACAACAAACAUCAAAUCUCGAUUCACAAAAGGAAAGUGGUUCAGUGAUAGCUGUUGUUUAUGCAUCUGAUCCAGAUGAACCUACAUCCAAUGAAUCUGACUCUUCAGAUAUUAGUGAAACCGAAGGCGAUUUGACGCAGCCAAUACUUUCGGAAACUUUUUCAGAUAACUCUUCUUCCAAGGAGACUGAUACAUAUACCAAAGCGAACAGGGAAAACAAAAGAAAAGAUAGUUAUUCAAAAUCUUGAAAGUCAUUUGUCUCCAUCAACCACCAGAUCCUUGAUAGAAGCAAGUAGGAUUUAUUUUCCAGUUAGCCAUAAACAUGUGGGCCAGAGUAGAGUUUAAUCAAGAGCUCAUUAUCACACCUUCUGUUUGGCGGUGGAGCAGCAGGUAAUAACAUUUUGUUCUAGCUUUAAAUUCCUUAGUAGUGAAUACCCAAGACCACAUCAAGCAUCAAGCCUAGGAGUGUCAGGUCUCGUGAUGAACACAUUACCUUUAGUCGACCGGAGUGAGAUUAAAUUGUCAGUUCUUUUUCUACCUCUCUCAAUUUGCUAUGCUGCUCGAUCAUCAACCGUUAUUAAUCAUGGUCAUUCAUCUUCACACUCAUCUUGGUCGACCCUAGAAGCCGC